ACGAUGGAACCUCGGAUCCGUGUUGAAACUCGACACUUCCCGCCCACGGAACCCGCUCUUCCAGCUCUUGCGGUUCAAGUCACGCAUCUAGUGAAUACUUGCAUGCUUUGGGUGGGGACGACCGAGGUCGAGGCAGUGGAUGUUCAGAAAGCACCUCUGCAGGGCUGUCUCUCAAAAGACUGGGCUUGUGCGAUGCCGACACAAAACACCUCAGGCACACCUGGCGCAGCGACGUCACUAUAUCGUUCUUCGGGGUCGGAUGCCGCAUUGUCGAUGGCACAGCGUCUCGCACGCCGUUUCAAGAAGCAGAUAUUUCUGUCAAUUGAUGUCCCGCCGUCGCUGGGGUCGAUGGGACAGGAGGGGAGAUUGCUGCUUGCAAUCGAACGGGCGGCAGUUGACAUCCUGAAGUCGGACGAGUCGAAGUGAUAGUUGGGCGG